AUGAUAUUUUUUUUGUUUUUAAUAGGAAGCAAAAUGUGGAUAUGUAAUAUGUGUAAUGGCUCUCUAUUGGGUAUCAGAAGCGCUACCACUUCCGAUCACUUCGAUUAUACCAAUCGUACUUUUUCCAGUUUUUGGUAUUUUAUCCACAGAAGAAGUUUCAAUGGUAUAUUUCAAAGAGACAAAUGUCAUGUUUUUAGGUAA